AUGGCCGACGAUGGAUCCUAUCUGUCGGCGUCCACACCCUUACUGUCCCCCUCGAAGUUGUGCUCCAAAACCUACAAAAAAGCCUCCAACCUCUUCUUGACUCGUCGCUUACAAGAAGCUCUCGUGGCCCUCGAGCCUGUAAUUACUGUGACCCGCGGGAAUGACGACCAAGAAGUCAUUGGUGAUGAGUCGCUGCCACCAAUUGCUACAGUCUCCACCACCUGGCGCAUCAAGGUGUGGAAUUUAUACAUUACACUUCUCAGCUCUAUCAUCGACCUAGGCCCAGAAGAUGGCAAGGCGACAAUUGGACAGAAAGAAUGGAAGGCCAUCUCGACGCAAGUUCGCGACGGUGGAAUAUGGGAGAUGGUCGUCCAGAUUGGCUACCAAGGACGAGAGGGCUUGGUAGACGCAGAGGUCGUCUAUAAUUUAGGAACUCUACUACUCAACCACUCGCCUUCGCAAGCCGUCAACCAGCAACGACUUGAAACCUACCUCUCUUCAUAUGGCCAGCCGCACCUAGAUAUCGAAGAACAUCUGCAGAAUUCCCCCACCAGCUCUCAAAGGCCUCGGGCUCGACCUCACAAUGGAACCGAUACACCGAAGGAGUUAAAUGCACGAGUGCGGCUAAUCGAAUUGUUCACCCUUCAUGUUCUCCCACGGAACGAAGAGUGGGAUUAUGCGCGCGAGUUCAUCAACCUCAGCGAAUUUCUAGAUGAGGAGCGGAAGGAGAUCUUCUUACAGACGCUGGACGGGCUCCAAGAAGAGAAAGAGCAGGGCAAACUACGCGCAGCGGCACUGCAACGAGAGAAAGAUGCGGAGUUGGAUAAGCAAGUACGCGAAGCCGAACGUCAAAGAGCGGAGGAAGCCGCCGCCGCGGAGCGAGCAGCUCAACAGAAGAGCCCGAAACGCGGUGGCAGCGAGGUGGACUAUGGCGUCGAGAAAACCAAUGCAAAUGGUGGUAGUGUCCGGGGGAAGAAAAGUUUGGAGAAGAGUGCUGGCAGCAAAGCUGGAAACUCAUCCUCACGACCAGCCUUCUCCCCGCCCGGCUCGAAGAAUCUCAAGAAGCCCGAGAAGCCCGAGACUCGAGCCAGACAAUCGCAAGCACUCGCAACGGUGCUUCGCAACUUAGUGCGGUAUCUAGGGAAAUCUAUUUCCAACAAUCCACUGUGGUUCAUCCGAUCAUUGUUGUUCAUCCUGGGGAUUAUUUUCGCCCUCAACCGACCUAACAUUCGGGAACGCAUCCGGAGAAUCACAGGGUCUGGAUGGGAUAAAGUCAAGGGGACAGUUGGGAUGGGUGUGAAGGUGAGCUAUAUCUGA